GAACUUUCCACCAAGGCGGAUAAUAACAAAACCUCCCAGAGUCUUUUAAAAUAAGACUACAUAUUUACUUGAAUUAAAUAGGCAAUGAGGGGAACUACUAACGGUGUUACAAUUCAGAUAUAUCUACUAUUAUUCACUGAUAUUUAUGUCUUUUAUCUCUUUAUUUAGAGCAUUACUAGUUUAAAAAUCUAUCCUACCACCCAGACGAUAACUAUGAGAAACAAAUAUUUCCCUAAUCCUAUAUACAAUCCUUGAGGUUUGACAGUAUUGGAUACUGUAGUUGGCGUUUAUUAAGAGUAUGUACGUUACUUAGGUCAUAAAGGUUAGUCGUCUUACUAAUUAAAGUCUGUCUGUUUUCUAUAAAAGAGCACCAUAAUUGGAAAUAACGACAAACUAAAUUUUAUACAUUUUUAUGUGCAUCGGUGAUGUUCUCAUACAUGCAAACUACUUAUAGGUCGUAUUUCGAAGUGAAAGACCUUUUCUUCGGAUGUAGAAAAUGUACAUUAUCUUUCGAUCCGUUCAAAAUAGGUAUGAUUUUGCAAUGAACCCACAAUCUUCCAUAAAAAUAACAAUAUAUUUUUGCGUUUCCCAUAAUUUCAUCGAAGUUUCUUGUUCGGAUAUACUAAUGACGUGCAUUAUGUUCACUUAUUUUAAAGGUAGAACAGACCCAAGUUUAGUGUGAUAUGUUAGUGGUUGCGAAAUAAUUAGCAGUAAUUGUGGUAUAACGCUGGAAGUACGUACCAUUGUUAGCAUAUUAACUGUUACUUUGUCAAGUGGAUAUUUUAAUUGGGAUCGUCAGGAGUGAUUAAUUUGCUGAGUGUGUAGGUGUUGCCUGAUAGGUUACUUUGCGUCUUUGAGCAUGACAAAAUGGCUCCAGAACAGUGGCUACUCUGCAUAUGGGAUCUUCCCUUUGAAUUACGAUAGUAGUAUAUCAGGCGAGACUAUAAUUUAUGGACGAACAAGUCAGAUAUAUGAUAACCGGUCUCGGAUUUUGGCGCGAAAUUCACUCACCUAUUUGUUUAAAUAGCGUUUUAGAAUUUUAACUGGUGUCAGUUCGUGAUGAAAACCCUAAAUCCAACGCUUAACUCUAACCAUAAAUCAUAAUCCAUAUUCUUCACACCACUUUAUAACCUUCAUUUAGCCUCUGUUAGUAGGUGGAUACUUAAAGUCAUUGUAGCGUCGAUCAAAGUUCGUUCAUAAAUUAUAGUGUCACUGUAUGUCAGUAUUAGUUCCGUGGACACUGUUUUGUUUUUCAGCCCAUAUUCUAUGUUUUCAGUCUUUUAUUAUCACACUAAAGAAAGCAAUAUAGAAUAUUUGUACCCCAAAACAUAGGUGCUUUACUGAGAUGGUUUCUUCAGUGUUUUCAUCCUACAUGACUUAGUUAUCUGUAAACUGACGACUAUCAGCCUUAAAGUGGUAAAUACAUGUCCUGAUAUCUGCUAAUUUGAGAUAUGUUAGUGGUCGUAUACCUGAAAAUAAAGUUCACGCAUGACAUUAUCUUUAAAGCCCAAUUGACAAGUGAUUUCUACCUGUUGACCUGUAAUGUAGCAAUCUUAUUUUCCACUAUUUGACAUUCAUUUUCAUUAUCGUACCAGAGAACGGUUUCAUUCAUCAUGUUAGACAGUAAUUCUGGGACUGCACUUGUCAUAUGCUGUUAUCCCGUGAGUAGGUUACGUAGGAAACACUCUGAUUUCUUUUAAAUACUAACGUUUAGAAGUUUCAUUUUCAUCAAGUUUAUGAAGCCAUAUUUUCUUAAUAUAUGUGAGCAGUUGAUUCCGGUGAACGACUACUUCCAGAUGUAUUUACAAUCUUACCUGAGAAAAGUUGAUUUCCCGUUUAUGUUUGUCCCAAUAUGUGUGCUGCGAUCUUACGUGUCACAUUUUACUGAAACAUUUACGAUCCAAAAUCAAGUGUAAUUGCCGCUUAAACAUACAUUUUUAUUCUUAUCUCUGUAAAUAGCAGUGAAAGUCUAAUUUUCGUUUCUUUGUCUAUAUGAUGCGAUCUCAGUUAUGGAAGAGGCCAGAGCUGUCCUUAAGAAAAAAGAUGCCAUUCUUGAACACCCGUCUAUGCUUGCGGAAGCAAUUGAUUGCAUCCGAUAUAAUAAUCCACAAACUGGACAUAACGAGGCAGAGGAACUUUUAGUGGAGAGCUAUCAGGGUGCAAUCGAGUUUCUGUUCGAACUGGGGACUUGGCUCACCUACAUUGAUGAAGAUGCUCAGUCUACUCGUAACAUAAUUGAAUCAGUUGUCAAGGAAGCUAUUCUUCAAAACUAUGACCGUUCCAAAGCCAUAACAUGUUUAACAGAUGAAGCUUCAGCCGACACCAUGGAGUGGCUUAGUCAAAUGGUCGAAUCUCCAACUUGGCGUCAAACCAUUUACAACCUAGCUCAGCAUCCACGGAAUGAAGAUUGUCCUUUUUUGUCACUAUCUAUGCCGUGUAUAGCUGUAAAGGAAAGUCUCAUUGGAGAACUCGUAUCUGUUCCUCUUGCAUGGAACACUCUAGGUAUUUUCUUAAAGUGCGUUAUCUAUGUUUUACAACCAUUGCUGGCUGCCGGUGAUACAGUUAAAAACCAGACAUUUAUGUACUCCGUUGCAUUUUUACAGCCGAAACGGAAUAAUGCUUCAUGUGCAAAUUAUUCUAGUGUUUCACAUUCAGAACUGAGCUUGAUUAAUUCGGAAUCCCUUCCACCUAUUGAUGACGUUAAGGGUUUUGUUUCUGCUGUUGAUAACGAAAAUCAGCCAUACUCAUCUGAAGGAGAGUCUCACUUUUCUUUUGAUACUGCACAAGAUAUGUUAACCCACUUUUUGGAAAUGGGUUGUCAUAGUGAACAUGGAUAUUUACUCUUGCAGUCUAUCUUGCAGUGUUUGGCUCGAAAGAUGAAGAGCCAUUGUGCUCAUCAUCUUAUUUGGCUUUUAGAAGCUGAAGCAAGUCGAAGGGGCCGUGACGUUAGUCGGUACACAACGUAUCUCUGUGGUGCCCGGGAUUAUCCUGAUAGCAUGGAUGCUAUGCGUAUUAUCCUUAAAGAACAGGAUUUAAUUCCGGAUGCAGUUUUGCAGCUUGAGGAAGCAUAUAAAGGAGAUGCCCCCCCACCAGUAGCUUUGUUACGACAACCUAUUUUCAUCGCACUUCUAGCAGAUGCAUUAUUUGCAAGUUCUGACAGAUUGUUAACUGAACAAUUAGAACAAUAUGCAUAUCUUUACAGCUAUGCUGCAGUGGUUGUUGAAGAGAUUGAACAUACUACUGAACGGCGUAUCUCGUGUAUACGUACUGAAGUUGAUGAAGCGAAACGUGAAGUUUUAGAAGCAAGUCGAAUUUGUAGACAAUGGAACAAUAUGUCUGGCAGUGGAAUUAGUUUACGUGCUUUCCGAGAUCUUCCAUCGCUUUUGAGAUGUUUAUCAUGCCGACCCGUUUCACUUGGUGUAUUUCGUUUUGUUCGGGUCGUUUUUCAUACGAAACGCGUUGAUUUCGAGUUAAAUAUGGACACCAUGAAACCUUACUGUAUAGUAGUGAAUGAACUAGCUGAGGUCAAUGAAUAUUUACGUCCAGCUCUCUUAGCAUUUAUCACAGAAUUACUGGCUUCUUCAGUUGAAGGAAUGGAAGACUUGAGUCAGUUAGAAUACAAACGAAUGUUGGUCGGAUUACUUGUACAUUUACUAUCAUGUGGUCAUGUACUUCCUGUAAUAAACACAAUGCAUAGACUGUUUUUACGAAAUCGUGUUGAUGUUUCAAUUGUUCGCCAUUUUGUUACAGAAGUACUAAAGGUGGCGGGACAACCUUAUUCAACAUUCUUCAUGAAUGCAUUACAUCCUCUAGUUGUUCAUCCAGAUAUCAGUGAUGGUUUAAAAGGGGGAAAGGACACAGAUUACGUGAAUGAGUUCCUCGAGUAUUAUGAAAAAGAAAACUCGCCGUCGCCAAGUUAUUAAUUUGUCAUCUUAUGACUUAUGUACAUAAUAUGUUCUUUAUAAUUACAAUGUUUUUUUAAGUUCUCC